AUGUUGAAACAAUUAUACUUCUUUUUAGUGUGUUUAUUAUGGACAACUGUCAAUGCGUCACAUUUUGAGACUGAACAUGCAUUGGUAUUAUAUGAUCCAGAAUUGUUUCCAUUAAAUGAUACAAGCUCUUUGACUCCAGAAGUUGCCCAAUUCAUAGAGUAUUUGUCUGAUAAGUUUGAUGUGAAGAUCAGUGAUUACAAUAGCGACGAAAUCAAUUUGUUUUUUGAUGACUACCCUCGUUACGAACAUCUUGUGUUGUUUCCUUCAUCAAAGAAAACUAUUAAAUCUAAAGAAGCAUUAAGUCUGCAUAAAUUAUUGCGAUUCAUUAAUGAAAAUAGUAACAUUUUUGUUGUUGGUGGAUCGCAAAGUGUUUUACCAGAUGGAUUGAGGGGGUUUUUAAAUGAACUUGGUAUUUUCCCAUCACCAAAGAAUUAUAAGUAUAUUGAUCAUUUCAACAGCAAAAGAGGUAUUGUUCAAUUAACUCAUGAUAAUGUUGUCAAAGGAAAUAGGUUAAUUGAUGAAUUGUCUACAACAAACUACGAUGGUAAUGCUGCUUUGAUUUCGAACAAUGAAUUAAUCUUCCCCAUUGUUAGAUGUUCAGCCACUGGUUACACCAACAAAGUGGGCGAAGCAAUUGAUGCUGACAAAACAUGGACUUUUGGUGAACAAGGUUAUUUGGCAGUUGGUUUGGAAGCUUUGAAUAACGCCAGACUAGUUUGGGUUGGAUCUAGCUCCUUGUUGGCAGAACCUCAAUUGUAUAAAUGGUGUUUCCAACAACAGGGUAAAUUGAAAUUGCAAUUCGUGGAGCACAUUAAAGCCGACGAACCAAGUAAACCAAACCCACAUUUAUACAGAAUCAAAGAUCAAGCGAUUUACACCAUUGGAGUAUCCGAAUUUGUUGAUGGAAAGUGGGUUCCAUUUGAAGUUAAAAACGAAGAGGAUCAGUUGCAAUUGUCGUUCAAGAUGUUAGAUCCUUACCAAAGAUUGAACUUGAAACCACUAGGUCCAGUGAGUGCUACCAGUAACAGCACAGAAUUAGAUACAUAUGCAUACUUUGUUAACUUCACUGUUCCUGACCAUCACGGUAUGUUUACCUUUGAAUUGGACUACAAGAGAGCUGGGUUAUCCUAUCUAGUUGACAAAAGAGUGGUGACUGUGAGACAUUUGGCAAACGAUGAAUUCAAAAGAUCAUGGGAUAUUUCAAAUUCCUGGUUAUACGUUGCAAGUGCUGUGUUUGUAAUUAUUGCAUGGUUUGUAUUUGUUGUUUCUUACAUUUAUGUUGGCAAAUCAAACUAUUCCAAAAAAAAUGUAUAG